CUUAGGUGAAGGAGCCAUCUAAGGAACCUCCACAGCUAAAGCCAAGGACCCAUCCAUCCAAAGUAACUCCACACUCUAAUUAAAGAUGGACCACAGACCCACUCUUAGUCUGCUUCUGUUGCUGCUGCUGGGCCUAUCACAGGCCAGUGAAAAUGAGGUCCAUGAUGAGCCGGACCAUGUGUCCAUCACUUCAACGAUCCUGGAGUCGAACAAUGGAACCAAUGAGCUGCUGCUGGAAGGAGACAUUCUGGCUCCUAGAACCAGGAACGCCAUGAAGUGCUUCAGCAGCCAGAACAGCUGUCUCUGGAGGAAGUCGGUCGACGGCUUGGUAUACGUGCCUUACAUCCUCAGCACUGUAUAUUCCAGCUUGGAGGUGGAGACUAUUGAGACGGCCAUGAAGUACUUCCAUGGCAAGACCUGCAUCCGCUUCAUUCCACGUAAGACACAGACUGCCUACCUGAACAUUCAGAGCAGUGGCGGGUGUUUUGGUUCUGUGGGAACUGUUGGGGACAGGCAGACAUUGUCUCUUGCGCAGUUCGGCUGUGUUCAACAUGGUAUCAUCCAGCAUGAGCUGCUUCACUCCCUGGGCUUCCACCACGAGCACACCAGGAGCGAUCGUGACCAGUACAUCAGGAUCAACUGGAAAUACAUCUAUAACUACGCCGUCGAUAACUUCCAGAAGCAGGACACCAACAACCUGAACACUCCAUACGACUACUCCUCUGUCAUGCACUACGAUAGAACCGCUUUCACUAACGACUACGGAAAGGAAACCAUCACUCCCAUCCCAGACUCAUCAGUGGCCAUCGGACAGAGACUGGGCAUGUCCGACCUUGACGUCCUGAAGGUCAACAAGCUCUACCAAUGCUAAGAGGAAGAGCGCCACAGUUGAAAAUGUGUGAUGCUGAAUUUUGUGUGUUUGUGUGUAUCCUUUUAAUCACAUUGGUAUUAAUAAAGCAUGGUUAUGGUAAAAAAAAAAGUGCAUGAGUUUUUAUUAAUAGGAUAUUUAUCAAUCUCAUUGGGUACUGUAAUUAUUAACUGCAGCUCUUGGGGGUUGGUGUUAUUAAGAAUAAUUGUAAC